GUCUUUUAUUUAGAUUAAUUCAUCGAGACUUUCUUCUUUCCUUGCUCUACAAUCAACCAUGGAGCUUCACAACAAUUUUUCCAACUCUACCUUAAUGGCAUCUUUUCUCUUUCUCUAUCUACUAUUCAAAAUAGUUAAAAGAUGGAGUACUUCUAAGUAUUCUAACGCCAAUUUACCACCAGGACCAUGGAGACUGCCCUUCAUAGGGAACAUACAUCAGAUUAUUAGCAGCCCAUUGCCUCAUCAUUCCUUCAAAAGUUUGGCACAAAAGUAUGGUCCUUUGAUGUACCUAAAACUUGGUGAGGUACCAUACAUAAUUGUUAGUUCACCAGAAAUGGCCAAAGAGAUUCUGAAAACACAAGACCUCAGCUUUUGUGAUAGGCCAAAUCUUAUGUUGUCCACUAUAUUUGGUUAUGAUAAUACUGAUAUUAUAUUCUCUAUAUAUGGAGAACACUGGAGGCAACUACGAAGGAUAUGCGUUAUAGAGCUAUUGAGUGUAAAGCGUGUCCAGUCAUUUAGGUCCAUAAGAGAAGAAGAGGUGGAUGAUCUUGUUAAAUCAAUAGCUGCAAGUGAAGGAUCAAUUGUUAAUCUUUCUCACAAGAUUUCCGAAAUGACGCAUGGGAUAGUGGCGAGGGCAGCUUUUGGGAAGAGGAGUAAAAAUGAACAAGCAUUCAAGUCAGCAAUUGAUGAAAUAGCAAGUUUGUUGGGGGGAUUUUGUAUUGCUGAUUUAUAUCCAUCUAUUAAAAUGCUUCGAUGGAUGAGUAUGGCCAAGACAAAAUUUGAAAAACUCCACACAAAGAUUGAUAAGAUAAUGCAAGAUAUCCUCGAGGAUCACAGAAGCAUUCACAGGGGAGUAAGCAAGGAUGAAAAUAUAGUUGAUGCUCUUCUCAAGAUUCAACAGGAAAAUGAGCACACACAACAUCGCGUGACUGACGUAAAUAUGAAAUCAAUCAUCCUGGACAUGUUUGCUGCUGGUACUCAUACAACAUCAGGGAUUGUGUCAUGGUGUAUGUCUGAGAUAGUAAAGAAUCCAACAGUAAUGGAAGAAACACAAACUGAAGUAAGAAGAGUGUUUGAUAAAAAAGGGUUUGUAGAUGAGACAGAGUUGCAUCAACUGAUAUACUUAAAGUGUGUCAUCAAAGAAACACUAAGGUUGCAUCCUAUUGCACCUAUGUUACUUCCAAGAGAAUGUAGGGAGAGUUGCCAAAUAAAUGGGUAUGAUAUCCCAGCUAAUACAAGAGUCAUGGUUAAUGCUUGGGCUAUUGGAAGAGAUCAAAGGUAUUGGGUUGAAGCUGAUAAUUUUAAACCUGAGAGGUUUCUUAAUAGCCCAAUUGAUUUCAAAGGCAUUGACUUUGAAUUCAUACCAUUUGGUGCUGGAAGAAGGAUCUGUCCCGGACUUGCAUUUUCCUUACCGAGUAUUGAGCUAUCUCUUGCUCAAUUACUUUACCACUUUAAUUGGAAGCUUCCAAAUGAUAAGAAGAAUGAAGAACUAGAUAUGACUGAGUCAUUUGGGAUUACAGCAGGUAGAAAACAUGACUUAUGCUUGAUUCCUAUUAUUCGCCGUCUUUGAUAUGUAUUGCUUCAGCAAAUAAGUACACAAUGGAUUAAAUUUUCCAUAAAUGAAUAUGAUGUUUAGGAGGUCUGUUUUGCAUGAGGCUGCAUAUUUGAUAAGAUUGUUGGUUGCUUGGCUUGUUUCUCCUUUCCUUUUGUUUUUGUUGUUUCUUUCUUUGAUUUGUUUUAUCGGAGCAAGAGCUUUUGUCGAAUUUGUUGAUUUUGCACACUACUAGUGGUUCUUUUUUUGUUGCAUGUAAAUUUGUAAUUACAAUGCUUAAAUAAUAUUACUUAAAUGGAGAGAACAAUAAACUUAAUAGGCUUUGUUUAAUUGGUCUUAGACUAUUAUUACAAAUUACUAUUUACG